AUGAAUAAUCAACAGUUCCGCAAGCUUGUGCUGGAUACGCCUGCAAGACAAGCUGGAACAGGAGACAAAAGUUCAAGCAUUGGCGCAACUCCCAGACGAGAUGGCGCAACACCAUCUGCCCUUGGUUCUCGGAUGCGAAGUUCAAUACCCAUGACACCUCGCUCAGUGGGUGGUGUUGAUUUCGCACGUCAAGUCGCUGAACAACGAGCUCUAAAUAAUCCUUCGCAACCAAAGAAAUUUCGCUCAAUUGCCGCACCUAAAGGCUCGAAACUCGCAGCCGGCUAUACCGAUCGCACAAAACACCGCAUUGAUGAGGAUGAAGAUGAAAAAGCCUCCAGAGUUAAGGCGCUGGAAGAGAUGAUGAAGUUACAACAGAUUGACGCGUCUACAUUUUUAAAAUUGAGGGACGAAAUAUUAGGUGGUGAUGUUCAAAACACGCAUUUAGUAAAAGGAUUGGAUUACAAGUUGUUGGAGCGGGUCAGGAGGGGUGAAGAUGUUUUGAGCGGAAAUAAAGAAGACGAUGAUGAUGCUGAAGAGCCAGAUAAUUUGGACGACGAGUUUGAGAGGUUGGAGGAAAAAGACGUGGUUGCUGUUGAGAAGGAGAAGAGUAAAAAGAAGGGAGAAAUGGCACCACCAAGUUUGAUUCCGGGAAAGAAAAGGACUAGGGAUCAGAUUCUGGCAGAGAUGAAAGCGGCCAGGCAAGCGGCAAAGGAGGCAGCUCAGCCAUGUUUAGGAGCAAGAUUCAAAAAAGUUGGAGCCCCAAAAUCUAUAAGCAGGAUUGAAAUGGAUGGAAAAGGGCGGGAGGUUCUCAUUGUUGUCGAUGAGAAUGGAAACGAGAAGAGAAAAGUCAGGAAACUACAGAUGGAACCGGAAGUUGAGAAAGGGCAUGGUCUACUAAUGCCUGAUAAGGAUGCCAUACCAUUAGGCAUGGAGGUUCCAGAAAUACCAAAAGAACCAGAACCAGAGGAAGAAGAUAUCGAUAUAUUCGACGAUGCAGGAGAUGAUUAUGAUCCAUUAGCUGGGCUUGAAGACGAGGAUUCGGAAUCAGAUGCAGAAGCUGAAGACGGAGAAGUUACGGAAGAUAGUCAACGAAAGAAGCCCAAGACUCAAGAUUCGCCGCAAGAGCCAGCUGUAUCUGAAAGUAUGGCACCACCUCCACGACCUAACAAACCUAGAAACUAUUUUGGCGAAUCAGAACCUGAAACAACAGAAAAUGAGACCAAGCCAAAAGCCUUCAGUGAUCCAACUAUUCUCGCCGCCCUCAAGAAAGCCUCAACUCUUAAUCCUAUAUCCAAAGUUCCAGAAACUGCAGAAGAGGCCGCAAAGGAAGCGCGGCGGAAGAAGAUGCUCCAACAGGAUGAUCGUGAUUUGGAGGAUAUGGAUAUGGGAUUCGGAAGUAGUCGGUUCGAGGACGAAGCUGAUUUUGACGAGACGAAAGUCAAGCUAUCAGCGUGGGGUCAAGGAGAUGAUGAUGAGGACGAGAAAGGGGAAGGUAAAAGUAAGAGGAAAAGAGGAUCGAAGAAGAGGAAGGGGGAUGCAAAUAGUGUUGCGGACGUCAUGAAGAUCGUCGAGAGUAGGAAGGCUGGACCAUAG